GUAACAAAGAAUGCGAUGACUAAAAUGUAUAGAAACCCGAUUCGUUCGUCAAUAAGAAACCCCAAUAUUCUAAUCCUUAUUAAAGUAAUCAACUUUGCUUCUUAAUCAUCAAAAUUAGUAGUGUAACUUUUUGUAGUUGAAAAAUAAGCAACGUAAUCACCAUUUCCCAAGCAUAUAUUUCCAAUACCUUGCACUUGGCAGCACGAAGCAUCAACCAUGGUUGCAUACAUACAGAUAACACGAUCUUCUUCAACAAAUUUGCUCUCAUUUUGAAGUUUUUUUGAUCGAUUUGGCUUCUGUAAUUGAUUUCUUCCAAAACCCAGGAAAGCGUCAACAGAUCUUUUCGCUUUUUGCUAAGUUAAUUUUGCGUAAUCUGUAGAAGAAGAUGUUGGGUGAACUCAUCACAAGCAGUCUUGUGUUGAUUCUUGGAUAUGCAUAUCCAGCUUUUGAAUGUUUUAAAACCAUUGAGAAACAUGGUGCAGGAAAUGCAGAAUUAAGAUUUUGGUGUCAAUAUUGGGUUAUCAUUGCGGUACUUACAGUUUUUGAAAGAGUUGGCGAUAUAUUCAUUUCAUGGGUGCCAAUGUAUGGAGAAAUGAAGCUAGCCCUCAUCAUCUACUUAUGGUAUCCGAAAACUAAGGGAACAGGGUACGUAUAUGAAGCCAUGUUGAGGCCAUUUGUAGCACGGCACGAAACCGAUAUAGAAAGAAGUUUGAAGGAAAUGAGAGCGAGAGCGUGGGAUGUGGCGAUUUACUACUGGCAUAACUCCACGGAGUUGGGACAAACUAGAUUUUUCGAAAUCUUCCGAUAUUUAGCUUCCAAACCUUCGAGGCCAAGAUCCGAGGUGUUGCAAAAUCAUCAAAACUCCGGUGAUGGACCACCCUCGCCACCUCCGGUUGCUCCUAUCCCGGUUCCGCGGCCAGAUCAGGCGGAGGAAAGAUGGGUACCAACUGCACCACCGCUGUCAAACAUCAGCCACCGCCAACCGGUGUACCCGGAGGAACUGCAAAUCCCGGGAUCGCCAACGACGCCAAGUGGAUCCGGAUCAAAUCCGGGUCAGAGAGAACCGGUUUGGUUAAGGUUCAAACGAUCAAGAGGGCUUUGAGUUAUUUAAUAGCGAAAACGAUGUAGUAUCGAUGAAUUUUAUGUUUGGAAAUUAAGUUUUAGACACUUAACUAUACAAUGACUAACAUUUAAGCCAAUGCCGUUAA